CAUGCGCUGACCUGGUUUCGACGAUAAAGUGUUUACAAUUAGAAUUUGCACUUUAUACCCCAAUGAAAUAACCUCUUAACAGGCGUUUAUGUGCAUUUAUUUCUACGCGAUAUGUUAUUCUUGAAUAUGCGGAUUCAACGAGUUAUCCGAUUUUGGAAAAUUGGACAUAAUUCAGUGCGCAUUAUUUUUAAAAGGUCUAUCAGUGUUAGUCGCCGCCACCAUGCCGCUCCCUUACAGUACAGCUACACGCAGGGUGCGGGCGACGUCCCCCUCAGAGGCGCAACCAUCGGCAGUCUGCUGCAAGAACAGGCGGAGAAAACACCCGACAGGGAGGCAGUGGUUUUCUGCGCCGACGGCGUCCGUAGAACAUUUUCACAAUUGCUAGCGGAGAGCGACCGACUAGCAGCCGGCCUCCUUACCCUGGGGCUGCAGAAAGGAGACAGGGUGGGAAUCUGGGGACCCAACAGUCUCGAAUGGAUCCUUGCACAGUACGCUACAGCUAGGGCCGGACUGAUUCUGGUGAACAUCAAUCCGAUGUACAGAAGCUUCGAACUGGAAUACGUUCUAAAAAUGGUCCAAUGCCGCGCCCUCAUAUCGGCGGUGAAAUUCAAAGAGCAGGACUAUUAUGACAUCCUUUUCCAGCUCAUACCGGAAAUGGCGUCACAAAAUCCCGGAAAUAUACACAGUCACGUAUUACCUGACUUAAAGCACGUUAUUAUGAUGGGAGAAGAUCAGCAUCCUGGAACUUGGAAAUUGUCCGACGUCAUGAAUGCCGGAAGUGACUCGGAUAUUCGUAAUAUACCGGACUUACAAAGGCGUUUGCAAUUUGACGAACCGAUCAAUAUCCAAUUUACAUCGGGCACAACGGGGUUCCCGAAAGGGGCCACGCUGACCCACCAUAACAUCGUCAAUAACUCUUACUUUAUUGGCCUCACUCUAGACUACCAUAACAGGGGUACCAGGAUUUGCAUUCCGGUUCCCCUGUACCACUGCUUCGGCAUGGUGAUAGGCAGUCUACAGAUGGUGAACCAUGGGGCGACCUGCGUCUUCCCGAGUCCGGGCUUCGAUCGCUCAGCCACGCUGAAGGCGGUACAGUCCGAGAGAUGUACAUCGCUAUAUGGCGUCCCGACAAUGUUUAUCGACAUGUUGAAUCACCACGACUUUGACACAUUUGACCUUUCGAGCUUGUAUACGGGGGUCAUGGCGGGGUCACCGUGUCCCAUUGAGACCAUGCGACAGGUUAUCGCUAAAAUGCACAUGGACCAGGUUACGGUAUGUUAUGGGACGACCGAAAACAGCCCGGUGACGUUUCAAAGUCAUCGUGAUGACGUCAUUGAGAAGCGCGUGUCAACUGUGGGUAGAGCACAUCCUCAUGUCGAGGCUAAGAUAAUUGACGAGGAUGGUCACGUGGUACCGGUGGGGACCUCGGGGGAGCUGUGUACGCGGGGUUACGUCGUCAUGCUCGGGUACUGGAAGGACGAGGCGAGGACAAGGGAGACCAUUCUGCCGGACAGAUGGUACAAAACGGGCGACCAGGCGGUCAUGGACGAGAAAGGGUUUGUGCGGAUCACUGGCAGAAUUAAGGACAUGAUAAUCCGGGGCGGAGAAAACAUUUAUCCUUUAGAAAUUGAGCAGGUUCUUUACACGCAUCCGAAAAUACAAGAUGUACAGGUGGUAGGUGUUCCAGACAAGCGUCUUGGAGAGCAGAUUUGCGCCUGGGUGAUUCUGAAGGAAGGUCAAACUGCGACGGAACAGGAAAUACAAGCAUUUUGUAAAGAGAAGGUGGCCCGUUUCAAAGUUCCGAAAUACGUUCAGUUCGUUACCGAAUUUCCUCUCACGGUCACCGGAAAGGUGCAGAAGUACAAAAUAAGAGAAGCUGCCACGAGGUCGCUGGGACUCGAACACGUGACAUGAUAGCAGCGAUCUACCACUGUUAUAUCGUCCAUAUUGCUGAUUAAGUAACAUUGUUAUCAUUUAUGAACAUGAUUAUACGUUCUAUUGUUCGACGUGCCUUGUCCGUGUGUUUGCAAAUCACAAAUUGUUAAUCAACUGUACCCAUCAGUGUUUUAAUACGAUUUUAAAUGCGGAUGAAAAGUCGACCUGGGUUUGCAUAAUUACAUGAAAUCAACUAAGCAUGUUUUUUAAACGCAAGGAAUUCAUUUACAAAAUUUAAUUUUUGCUGCCGUUCGCAUCUUUUUGUCAUGCCAUAUUUUCUCAUUUUAUAUACAGUAGUUAACAUCUUUCGACUUCAUUGAAUGAGAGAAUGGUACCCCUUACUACAUUUAAUGUCAUAUUCAUUGUGUAGUGUCUUUGAUUGAGAGAAUGGUUCUCCAUACGUUUAAUGCCAUAUUAAUUGUGUAGUGUCAUGUCAGAAUUGAAAUAUGAAUUUA